UACAAGCUGCGCUUGCGAACCGGAAAGACGUGUGCUUGGAAAGUUUUUAUUUCAGUGUAUUACGGGACCUGAUGUGUUUGUCAAACUGUGACAUUUGUUAGCAUGUUUGCUUGCGUUUAUGUGUGACUGUGGAAUAAUGUGGAAAGAGGCUAUCAUCGUGUCGCUGCUGGCGUUAGGCUGCUUUGCAGAGUUUCAGGAGAGAGUAUGCAUCGGAACAAAGGGGCGGAUGUCGGUUCCCUCGAACCGCGACACACACUACAGAAAUCUAAGAGAUCGCUUCACAAACUGCACGUAUGUCGACGGUAAUCUAGAACUGACCUGGCUCCAUAAUGAGACGAUGGACUUAUCGUUUCUAAAACACAUAAGGGAAGUAACUGGAUAUGUACUCAUUUCACAUGUUAACGUUCGCCAAAUCAUCUUACCCCAAUUGCAAAUAAUCCGAGGGCGGACGUUGUUCAAAUUAAAUGUAAGAGAUGAAGAGUUUGCACUUAUGGUCACAAUGUCGUCAGCUUUUACACUUGAACUGCCCGCGCUUAGAGACGUGCUGCGAGGAAGCGUCGGGAUAUACAAUAAUUUUAAUCUCUGUCAUGUUAAAACUAUAAAUUGGGAUGAAAUAAUAACAGGUGUGAAUGCAACUUAUGUUUAUGUGUACACGUUUACUGCCCAAGAAAGGGAAUGUCGUUGUCAUCCCAGCUGCGAAGCCGGCUGUUGGGGUGACGGGCCUGAAAACUGUCAAAAGUUCUCGAAAACAAACUGCAGUCCGCAAUGCGCGCAGGGUCGCUGCUUCGGGCCUAACCCACGAGACUGUUGUAACACGUUUUGUGCCGGAGGUUGCACGGGGCCUUUGCCCAGUCAAUGCCUUGCAUGCAGAAACUUUUAUGACGAAGGCACCUGUUCCCAAGAAUGUCCACCGAUGCAAAUAUACAAUCCCACCACUUAUUCAUGGGAACCGAACCCUAAUGGAAAGUACGCUUACGGAGCGACAUGCGUGCGCAAUUGUCCGGAACAUCUAUUAAAAGACAAUGGCGCGUGUGUGAGAAGUUGCCCUCCAAACAAGACUGCCGUAAAUGGAGAGUGUAUACCGUGUAAUGUCACCUGUCCUAAGACAUGUCGGGCAGAGAAACCUAUUCAUUCUGGAAACAUUGAUAGUUUCAAAGAUUGUACCAUCAUUGAUGGAUCAAUAGAAAUUUUAGAAAUGACAUUUACGGGAUUCCAACAUAUAAACCCGGAUUAUUCAUUUGGCGACCGUUAUCCUAAAAUGGAACCGGAUAGCUUGGAGGUAUUCAGCACUGUUCGCGAAGUCACCGGCUACUUGAACGUUCAGGCUCACCAUCCGAAUUUCACUAGUUUAUCAUAUUUUAGAAAUUUGGAAGUGAUUGGAGGUCGACAAGUUGUAGAAAAUCUUUUCGCCUCACUGUACAUAGUCAAAACUUCGUUGCGUUCAUUGGGACUAAAAUCAUUAAAGAGGGUCAAUUCUGGAGCCAUAGCCAUCAUGGAGAAUAAAUAUCUUUGCUUUGCUGAUAAAAUUGCUUGGAAUAAACUCGGCAAAUCGAAGGAUCAUAAGCAAAUAAUUCAGAAGAAUGGCGAUCCUAAAACUUGUGAAAGUGCAAAUUUGGUGUGCGAUCAUCAAUGUUCACCGGACGGAUGCUGGGGGCCGGGACCUGAGCAAUGUCUCUCCUGCGAAAACUAUAAGUUCGGCGAAAUCUGCAUACAGAAUUGCAGUGUACUGCCAGGGCUAUAUCAAGCCGGCCCGAAAACUUGCAAGCAAUGUCAUCCCGAAUGUUUAGAUGGAUGUUCAGGACCGAGUCGAGCGAACUGCACGAAAUGCAAACACGUACGCGACGGUCCAUACUGCGUUGCAGAAUGUCCCGAGUCGAGAUAUGCUUCAGAAAACGGAACAUGUCAACCAUGUCACGCCAACUGCUACAAUGGCUGCACAGGCCCAGCGAACACAGUCGGCCCUGGUGGAUGCUAUUCAUGUAAGAAAGCCAUCAUUAGCGUGGAAGCUACAGUCGAAAGUUGCCUCAAAGAAAAUGAACCAUGCCCAGACGGCUAUUAUAAUGAAUGGGUGGGCAAUGUAAAGCUUCUCGAAGGAAAAGUAAAAGUAGUUUGCAGGAAAUGCCAUCCUUUAUGCAUCAAGUGUACCGGUUUUGGAAUACAUCAACAAGUAUGUCAGGUGUGUAAUGGAUUUAAACGUGGUGAUCAAUGUGAAGACGAAUGCCCUGCUGAUCAUUUCACAGACAAAGUCAACAGAUUGUGUACGCCUUGUCACCAUGAGUGUCGUGGCUGCACUGGGCCGUUAUCAACUGAUUGCGUCAAGUGUCAAAAUUUAAAAAUAUUUAUUCCCGGCGAAACGACCACAGUUCAUCCAAAUCAAGCUUUUAAUUGUACUGCAAAUUGUCCAGAAGAUAAACCGUACAAAAUUUAUUUUGAUGAACUCGUAGAAAACCCUAUUGAGGAACCAUACUGCUCUGAAUUAGCAAGCGGCUCUCAUACUAUGGCUACUGCGAAUAUUCCUACCGUACUAGUGAUAGUCCUUGUUUUAGCUUUCAUUCUGUUCAUGAUACUUGGUAUUAUCGGAUAUACAUAUCGACAAAAAGCUAAAGCUAAGAAGGAAGCUGUUAAGAUGACAAUGGUUCUGACUGGUUGCGAAGACAACGAGCCACUUCGACCGACUAACGUGAAACCUAACUUAGCAAAACUACGAAUUGUAAAAGAAGCCGAAUUGCGGCGAGGAGGUACACUUGGUUACGGUGCUUUUGGUGAAGUUUAUAAAGGAGUUUGGGUACCAGAAGGCGAAAAUGUUAAAAUACCUGUUGCAAUUAAAGUUCUGAAAGAGGGUACGGGGGCAAAUUCUAGCAAAGAGUUCUUAGAAGAAGCCUACAUAAUGGCCAGCGUUGAGCACCCUAAUCUCCUUCAGUUACUGGCUGUUUGUAUGACAAAUCAAAUGAUGCUUAUAACUCAGCUGAUGCCACUUGGCAACUUGCUUGAUUACGUGCGAACACAUAAAGAGAAGAUAGGUUCUAAAGCAUUUCUAAAUUGGUGCACCCAAAUUGCUCGGGGCAUGGCAUAUUUAGAAGAGAAAAGACUAGUUCAUAGAGACUUAGCUGCUCGUAAUGUUUUAGUACAGACGCCAAAUUGCGUUAAAAUAACUGACUUCGGUUUAGCGAAACUUUUAGAUAUAAAUGAAGACGAAUAUAAAGCGGCUGGUGGUAAGAUGCCGAUUAAAUGGUUGGCGUUAGAAUGUGUCCUUCACAGGAUAUUCACACACAAAAGUGAUGUUUGGGCAUUUGGCGUGACCAUAUGGGAGAUAUUGAGUUACGGUGCACGGCCGUAUGCUAACAUAUCUGCUAGAGAUGUCCCCGAAUUGAUAGAGAAUGGUCUGAAACUUCCACAACCUAGCAUAUGUACAUUAGACAUUUAUUGUGUGAUGGUGUCAUGUUGGAUGCUGGACGCGGAUAGUAGACCUACAUUUAAACAGCUAGCAGACACGUUUGCAGAAAUGGCUAGGGAUCCUGGUCGAUACCUCGUCAUACCUGGGGACAAGUUUAUGCGACUACCAUCCUAUUCUACACAGGUAUUGCAGGAUGAAAAGGAACUGAUCAAAACGCUCUCAUCAGCAAUUGAAGGUCCUGAACCUUUAGUGGAAGCGGAUGAGUAUCUCCAACCAAAACUAAAAGCAGUUUCCGGUGCGGGCAUGCCCGGUACCGCUAUGAACGCCGGUGUCGAAUCACAGAACAACAACUCUUUGAAACCGUGUUCUUCUUCGUCUUGGGCAAACAACGCAACUGGACCAGAUGGCGCUGCUAUCGAUGGAUCUGGCAAACCUGAGACUUGGGAUCAAGAUUUACUUAGAUACAAUCAAGCCAAUUCAGACGGCGAAUUGAGACACUAUUUCAACAAUCGAGUAUACGCAUCUGAUUGCUCCAACUGUUUAGACAACAAUUUUGACAGUAUGUCCAAGAUAAAAGAAGCUCAAGUGGGUAAUCUAAAAUUGAACCUACCCUUAGAUGAGGACGAUUAUCUCAUGCCAUCGCCGCAGCAUAAUCAAAACGCCUCCACUUAUAUGGAUUUGAUAAGCGAAGGUGGUGAGAGCCAGGAGAGCAAGGAUUUGCGUUAUUCAGGUUACGUGAGUUCAAAGAGAUGUAUCGACAAUCCUGAAUACUUGAUGUCUGAUCAAACUGAACCAGUGCAGACAUUGGGCAUACCGACAGAGGAGCCGGCGCCUCUAGAAUCGUUAUGUACAAGCGAAGGUAGCGGUAGUGAGUCAACACCGCAACCGGGCACAAGUAAAUACUUGCCCCAGAGAUCUGUAGAAGAGGAAUCGAUGUCUGAUCACGAAUAUUACAACGACUUGCAACGCGAAUUGCAACCACUUCGUAGAAACGAAACCACGGUGUAGUGUUCGGUUGUAAUCCCCUUCCCCUCUUCACGCGAACAAACAGACUGAUCUCUCGCAAGUUAUGAUUUUUACUUAAUAUUGCGCGCGUGCGCACCCCGUGCCAUUGAGCGAUGGCUAGUAUUAGUUUGUUGAUAAACUUUCAGAGUAAAAAAUUUAUUAAUUUAAAAAAAAAAACAAUUUGUUAUCUUUUCUAUUUAAUAUUUUGUAAAGGUACUGUUAUGUAAAAAAUAACUGAAUUUUUGUAAAAUAUAUUUGGAAUUCGGUGCUCAUAAUAUGAUGCACAAACAAAAUAUGAGUUAUUUAUUAAUAUAGUAUAAGGAUGGCUAUGUUUACGUUUUCCGAAUGUUUUAGUUUUAAGAGAGUGUUAUUUUAAUUUUAAACUGUGAUAAUUAGAUUAAUUUACAAGCAUACAUUAAAAUAGACCAUCAAAUCUUUCUAUAACGAUUGUACCGAAAAAUAUAAGACAUCGUGUUAUUUGUUCAAUUGGUAUAAAAAAUGUAAUAUUUGACUAUCCAGAUUACGUAAAAUGUAUCUUGCCACUAAAAAGCCGUUUGUUAUUUAGGGCCAUAUACUUGCUAAAAAUUUGCUUGCCCUUACCUGUUUUUUUUUCCAAAACAUGUGGUACUAAACUGCGUUGUACAUAAUAUAGAAAUGAAAAUAUUAAAACUAUGUAUUUAUAGCAAAAACAUGUAAACAUUCAAAAGUCUUAGCACAAAAUAAGCUCAAAAUGUUUUCAAUUGAAAUGCAAAUAUAUUUUUAUAUGUUAAAUUGUAGAUAAGUAGAUUAGUUUCUUUUUUUUAGACCAAACCCUCGUAUGCCAUGUAACGUGUAAAUAAAAUAUAAUUUUGUAGAAAAUAUAUAAACAUCUAAUGAUAUAUAAUAGUGUUGUUUGUAUGUAAAAAAUACAUACUAAAUUAUUAUCAAUAGUUUUCAGACGAGUGGGAGUUCCAAAUUAUUGUGCCAUUUCAUAUAUUGAGUAAUUAAUCAUUUUACAAUACUAUUAUCUAUCGAAUAUAUUUUUGUGGAUUUAUGAUAUUUGAAUACUUUAAAACAUAUAAUAAAAUUGUUUUCUCAUCAAAAUAAACUUAUUACGUAUGUCUGUGUAGUUUUAUAGUCCACAUAAUAUCUUAGAUACGAUUUUAGUUUAUGAUUUUAUUGUACGAAAUUUUUUUUAAUCAUCAACAUGG